UGUUUCUCCUGGGUUUUGUGUCUCCUGGCAACCCUAGCCUUUAUGUUUGAAUGAAGUGCAAGCUAGGUUGCUUCCAGGGGAUGCCCAAAUGAUGCCCAAUACCCAUCCACUCUAAAUCCAGCACUUCCAAACAAAGGCAGUACUGGAUUUAGAGAAAGGCGUAAAUCUUUUCAUUCUUUUCUAGGAGCAGAUGAGUGGGGCGAAGAUCAGAAUGCAAAAACAAAAAAAAAGCACCAAUUUUUGCACAUUACCCCAGGCUUUGUAAAUGAGGCAUUGUAAUAAUGGCGUUCACGUACUUAAGGGAUUUAUGUAAACAUGUUUUCUAGGAUUUAUUAUUUAAAGAGUGGACAUGGACUUUUUGAAGUUUCUAUUUUACAUUUAAGGUCCAAUAUAUCAAUUAUACAAAGUACAUAUAUAAUUAUAUUGGAUAUAUGAAAUUAGCUUUGACCUAGAAUCAAAACCAAAUCUAUAAAGUACACUAGAAAAAAAAUGUUUAUGUAUCAGUCUGUGCUACGUGUGCUUGGAAGAAAAGACCAUUUUUAGUUUCGAGGCAUAGGACAGAUUGCACAACUGAUUUCCUGAGAACAGCAGGAUGAUAAUUAUUCCAUGUAAUCGUUCUAUAAAAAUAAUAAGCAGUUUAAUGAAUAAUUACAAUACCAAACGCAAAUAUAACUUAAUAACAGGGACACCAAAACAUUACCUGACAUGUUCAGCAAACCCUACUGAAAAGGUUGGAAUUAUUUAAUUGGGGACAUUGUCAAUAUGCUGCUGGUUCUAAAGCCAUGAAAAAACUUAUAGUAAUUCAUUCACGGUUACACAUCUUUAGUGCCAUGUGUAAGGUGUCAGUAGAAAAUGAAUAAUACCUCUCGGUAAGAUGUUAUGCAAGCAACUUUUUGGUUGAGAUUAAGUUAUAACUACAAUAAACAACACAAUUACAUUUCAAUUAGCUUUUAUCAUGCACUUUACUAAAGGUGUGUCCCAUUCUGCUUCAUAAGAGCUUCGGUUUGCUUAAAAUAGUUGUUUAAGAUUAAGCACAACUAAAAACAUUGCUGUGGUGUAUAAACACUGUAAUAAAGUGUGCUGCUUGGCCUCCAUCUCUUGGCAAUCUUCUGGCGCUAAGAGAAUAUAAAUCUGGAACCCAAAAAAAGAAGAUGGUUAGAUACAAUGGGUUCCUAUGCCUGUGGAUCAUGACGUUGUGUAACUUGCUCACAAAUGCUGGUGUCCAAAGUAGUAACACAAAAAGAAUAUAUGAAAUGAGGAGGCUUAUACAUUGUAAUACAAGGGUGAUGCUACAACACUGCAUAUUCAGGGAAUUGACAAAGUCCUGGCAAAAACUGGUGGGGGCAAUCAACUUGAGGCAUUAUUAAAAAUAUAAGUCAAGUGGCUCUAUCGUUUAAAUACCAGACAAUCAAAAGGGCUCAGUGUUAAAUGGGAUGUGAAUUGUUUUGCUUAGUAAAUAGAAUUUUUGUAAUGAGUAUAUGAAAUGUAACCCAGGAAUGAAGUCAUUAGAUAAAAAAAAGCUGCAGCUGUGAAAAGAGAGUGACAAUGUUGAUGUAAAUAUUUAAAUAUCAAUUUUGAAGCUCAUGAAUUGAAAGCUAUCAAAGUUGAAACAUGAAACAUUGCUUUAACUUAUAAAAUAGUCUUUGCGAGUCAUCGAAUAGAUACAGUUGCGGUGUGGGCACAGCUGCAGCUUAGUAUAUAAUAGAGUGGUUUUGUAAUGCAAAAUAAAUUGGCUUAUUUUAUUUGUUUUUUUUUAUAUAAAGAUGAAAUUCAUUUCUGUACUGAUCAAUUGAUGAUUUAAUUGAAUUCAUUGUUAUUUUGUAGUGGAGACCAAUAAGAUUUAAAAGAAGUGGGAUUCACAUAGUUGUAGGGAAAAUUAAGGGUUAACGCUGGGAGAGGCAGAAACAAAGCUGUGAUGUCAGAUCCACCGGUAUUUUAAAGUGUGCAAUAACGUAUAUUAUGAUAUGCCUUCAACUACAUGUUGAAAGACAUGGAACACGGCAGGAUUCUGAAAUAAAGCUUCUUUUUAUCCACAGCCAUUAGUGUUUAGAGUGCGCAUCCAUUCAAGAAAGUGUGUCUGUGACCACCGGGACCCCCUUGCUAUGAGUCUGGGACGCUGCACUCCUCAUCGUGUUCUCUCGGACUUACCUACUAUGAUCCUUCCAAUGGUGAAUGUAGAAUCAUGCUGAGCAAGCCUCUCCUGGACUUACUGUCAAGAAAAGACAUAGUGGAAACUCUCCUACAUGAAAUGAUUCAUGCCUAUUUCUAUGUCAAUAAUCUACAAGAUGAUGAUGAUCAUGGAACCAGGUUCCGCCUUUAUGCGCACUACAUUGACAAUAUGAGUGGAACAAAAAUUAAAAUAACCCAUGACUUUCAUGAUGAAAUGGAAUCACUGAAACGCCACUGGUGGUUAUGUGAUGGACCCUGUGGGAUGCUAAAAAAGCAAGCAAUAAACAGGACACCUGAUACUAAGGCACACAAGCGUAAAUGUGGUGGAAAUUUUGUGAAGAUUGCAGAACCAGAUGAUGCACCUGCAAAAAAAAGAAGAAAAGUAUAGCUCAAAUUAUCAACAAAAGAGUGGCGGCAAAGUAACUAAACAUUGGUUUAAACUUGCCUUUGAGAAAACCACUUUUACAUUUUGAGGAGAUGUCUCAUUCUUCCUGUUGUGAAGAAACACUAAUGGAGGCAUGAAACAGCAGCACCCAACCUCCCAGCUGUCCCUGUUUAGAAGAUACAUUACGGACUCAGGGACUUAAUUCAGCAAACUGUGAUUGGCUUUCUAAAAAAAAGUCACAGACCCUUUGGGAUAUGCUGUUGAAGAGAUUCAAGAAAAGUCAACCCUUUUGACUUGCUCUUGAAUUGGCCCAUACACAGGCCAAUAAGCUUCCGAUUGAUAUAUUGUAAUUGUAAUCUUGUUUGUUAAUAAAAUAAAAAGGUAUGAAACCAAUCAUA